AUGAGGCAGAGUCAGGAACGAAGCAGGAACGAGGCAGGAACGAAGCAGGAACGAAGCAGGAACGAGGCAGGAACGAAGCAGGAACGAAGCAGGAACGAAGCAGGAACGAAGCAGGAACAAAGCAGGAACGAAGCAGGAACGAAGCAGGAACGAAGCACGUUAAUGUGUUGUGUUGUGAACCCUCUGGGCCACCGCAUCAUCCCAUAUUACACUCUUUUCUUUCCAGAGAAACACUCCCUGAAGAUUUACCGUACUGGGAUUCCUGGAAUAACAACUUCUCCAGAGUACGUGUUUGUAAUAACAUUGAACGAAGUUCAGUGUGCUUAUUGCGGCAGCCUCACGAGGGGAAUUGAACCCAAGCAGGGCUGGAUGAGAAAUCUCUUAGAUGAAAAACCUCAGCUCCUCCAGUUUUUUUCAGAGAGCUGUCUUCAAAAUCAGCAUUCAUUUAAGAUCUACAUGGAUAUUUUCAAGCAACGUUUAAACCAAACUGAAGGUUCUCACAUUCUCCAAAAUAUGAUCGGCUGUGAGUGGGAUGAUGAAAGUGAUGAAGUCAAAGGUUUCAAUCAGUUUGGUUAUAAUGGAGAAGACUUCCUCGUUCUGGACGUGCAGACUGAGACAUGGAUUACUUCUAAAGCACAAGCUGUUGUGAUCAAACACUUGUGGGAUGCAGACAAAGCAAGAUUGGAGUACUUUAAAUCCAGACAAAACUUUGUGUGCCAAAAUGUGCUGCCAGACCUGGUCUCAUAUAUGAGACGUUUUCUGCAAGAUGCAGAGCGUCCAUCCGUGUUUCUCCUCCAGAAAACUCCCUCCUCAAUGAUCAGCUGUCAUGCCACUGGCUUUCAUCUCAACAGAGCUGAUCUGUUUUGGAGGAAAGAUGGAGAGGAGAUUCAUGAGGGAGUGGAGAAAGGAGAGAUACUCCGCAACAAUGAUGGAACCUUCCAGAUGAGCUCUGAGCUGAACGUUUCAUUAAUCAAGCAUGAGGAUUGGAGGAAGUAUGACUGUGUGUUCCAGCUCUAUGGAGUAAAGGAAGACAUCAUCACCACACUGGACAAAGAAGACAUUCUGACAAAUUGGGUUUCUCCUUCAGAGUAUCCAGUUCCUCCUGUUGUUGGAGGAGCUGUUGGAGGUAUUCUGCUCCUGGUGCUUAGUGGAGCUCUCUACUGGUGUUGGAAAAAAAAGGACUACCAGCCUGUUCAUCGUAAGUAA